CGUGUGAAUUCAUGGGAUUGACAUUUGAAUCGGGAGCCUCGUUUAAAGCUCCCGCUCCCCACUGUGUAAAGUGUAAAUGUUCGGGAGGUGUUUUAAAUUGUUGCGGAUAUGGUAAAAAUGGUGGUGUAGCCAGUGUUGCCGGAUGUAUGCAAUUGGAUGAUCACAGCACAUGCGACUUGCAAUUCGUCGACAGUAUGGACGAAACUCAACCUUGUGCUGCAUGGGUACGAAUACGAAGUAUGAAAGACGAAUGAUUUAAUUUGAAUAAACCUCAGUGCA